AUGUUGUCGCGCGGCCUUCGUCUCGCUCCCCGAGCGUUAAUUGCGUCCUCGAUCCGACCCUCCGUCUCGAUUUCCCGACACCUCCCUCAGUCCGCCUCUACGCCGUCUGUCUCUCGGUCGUAUCAUGAGAAGGUUAUCGAUCACUACGAGCGACCGCGAAAUACGGGCUCGCUGCCAAAGGGAGAUGUCGAUGUCGGCACGGGUCUCGUGGGAGCUCCUGCCUGCGGCGACGUCAUGAAGCUCCAGAUCCGUGUAGACCCUGACACCAAGGUCAUCUCCGACGUUCGAUUCAAGACCUUUGGUUGCGGUUCUGCCAUUGCUUCGUCCAGCUAUCUUACUGAGCUCGUCAAGGGCAUGACUCUCGAUGAAGCUGCCCGUGUAAAGAACACGGAUAUCGCCAAGGAACUCUGCUUGCCUCCCGUUAAGCUUCACUGCUCUAUGCUCGCCCAAGAUGCCAUUCAAUCCGCGAUAUCGAACUACUACACGAAGAACCCAGAGGCCCGGCCUACCAAUCUCGGCGGAACUGAAAAGAAGUUGCAUGAGGCUGGCGGAGCUGCGGCCUCUGCUGCUUAA